GAUGCUGCAAGGAGCAGACGCGGAAAGGAAAAUGCUCAGUUUGAUGAGCUGGCCAAGCUCCUGCCACUACCCCCUGCCAUCACGUCACAACUGGAUAAAGCUUCCAUUGUUCGUCUUACAAUCAGUUACUUGAACAUGAAGCAGUUCGGCAAGAGAGAACUUCAUACAGAGAGUCCCUCUCCACCUUCUUCCAUUUCUUCUCCACCAGCUGUUGCUAGUACCUCUACAGGUUCAGUUGUGCCGUACAGCUCAGGCAUCAAUUACGGUGAUCUUGCAGCAAACAGUGGUAUAUUUUUGUUGCAGGCAUUGGAUGGAUUCCUGUUUGUUCUUUCCAGCGAUGCAAAAGUCCUCUAUGUUUCAGAGACUGUGUCUGUUCAUCUUGGACUGUCACAGGUUGAACUGACAGGAAGCAGCAUGUUUGGCUACAUUCACCCAGAGGAUCAACAGGAUCUUGUCAAUGUGUUGCAAAAUGCAAAGGAAGAAUUGGAAAGCAAUGGAAACUGUACGCCAUCAUCAUCAGGGAGAUACACAGAUGAUAUUCCUUUCUUUGGAAACCAGCCAGGUUUUCUUGAUGAUAGUGGACGGCCCAAUGCAGAGAAACCAAAAUCAUUCUUCUUGCGAAUGAAGUGCACUCUGGUCCGCAGAGGAGGUUCUUACACCAAAUCAUCUGGUUUCAAGGUUAUUCACUGCAUGGGAAGAAUGAAAGCAUAUUCUGCCGGUGGCCUUCCUGGGCCUAAGUAUGCAUUUGUGGCAAUUGGACAACCUCUGCCUACAAUGAACAUCAAUGAGUUACCACUGGAGUGUAACAUGUUUGUGAGCAGAGUAAACAUGGAUCUCAGAAUUGUUUAUUGUGAGGGAAGAAUUCACAAGUUUAUGGACUAUUUUGCCCGAGAUAUUGUGGGGAUAUCAGCAUAUGAUUUCUACCAUGGCAAUGAUAUUGCUAUUAUCCAGUCACACCACGCAAAAUUCCUAACAAAGGGUCAAGUUCUUACCAAGUACUAUCGCUGGAUGAACAAAAAUGGCGGCUGGGUUUGGAUGCAAACCAAAGCUUCUCUUAUUCCCCAUCCAACAAAUCCAGAACUCAAACAAAUGCUCUGUCUGAACUACAUUGUGAGUGAUGUGGAACACCGCGGUGUUGUGCUUGGAAUGGCGCAGUUGGAGGACAAACCACCUCUCACUCAUGCUUAUAUCACUGAAGUGGAAAAUGAGUCAGAUACGACUGGCGAGCUGAAAGAUGCACAAUACGACGAUCAAGUCAUGAUUUAUCCAAAGUGGCAUGAAACAUCUGACAAUCUUGUUCCAAAACCCACAUUGAUUGACACCAUCGCCCUCGACCGGACGGGUUAUCCCAAAACCACGUCAGCUGAUCUCACUGGGUUUGAUAAUGAAGUAUUCACCACCUCAGCUGAAGCAUGGGGUCAAGGUACCUCCAACACCUGGAGUAACCACCACACAAUGUCGAGGGGCAACAGUAUUCCUGGAGAUGGGGGGUCGACUAGUACCUUGGAAGAAGACGUCGAAGACUGGGCCAAAAUGAUCCGAGCUGAGCUGUCAGAGUUAGAUCAAAACAUCGUUAAUUACGUGGCAACUGGAACUGAUAUCCCUCAGCCGGACGCAAGCCUUGAAUCUUUACUACUGAAUCGUGGCCUGGACGGAUUGCCGUCUAAUGGUACGAUCCAACAUUUGGUCACACCAAAGAUUGAAGAAAUUACAAUGGAUAGUGAUGAUUUUUCGCUGUCCUCAGUACCUGGUGUAAACACUCAAACUAUGCCUCCUGUCAGUAUGCCAUCACGAGCGUUUGAAAACUUGCCUAUAGAUGAUUUCGCCCGUGACACCAAACCUAACCUAAUUCCCAUGGAACUUGAAGGUGCCAUGAGUGCAGUGAGUGGGUCAAAGCCUCGCGGCAGCAACAACCCUUGCAGAUUUGGCAAUGCAAAUUCUUCUGGGGAGAGGAGAUUCCAACCUAAGGCGCCGCCCGCAUUUAGUCAUCCGAACAAUGCUACUCCUUCGAGUACUCCUAUGAUGAAUGUAACAUCACAAACGCAAAGUAUCCCCACUGCAAGAGCUCCAAACACCAUCACGACAACGCAGGGUAGAAAUACUACAGGAAGGGUUCCACAACCUCCAAGAGACGACCUGGCACUAACAGGCAGUGCAACGUUUAGAGUUCCAACUGACGCUUCACGAUUUUCAAAUCCAAAUGAUGGAAAGAUGCAGUUCUUUCAACAGCUAAAAGAAGUGGCUCCUCAAGAAUUGAACAUCACGGACCAAAUGAUGGUUGAUCUCAUCGAUGAACUGAUGGCCGAUAGAGACCAAAGUAGAGACAACAGGUUAGCAGCACUUGUACAGCAAGGAGGCUAUGCCCAGGUGGAUCAGAUGCCUGUGAUCAAACAAGAAGUGGUAACUCCCACGUUACCAGAACCAUCAAGUUCAUUUCCAAGUUUUUCGGACAGCAUCGCAACACAGAGUAGUCAACCUCGUGUUGUUAACAGUUCUCUACCUUACACAUCUUCAGACACUCUCAGCCGGCUUCCAGGAGGUCAGAAUACAGUAGUUACUCAGCCAAGAGCUCCACAAAAUGGAACUGUUCACAACCAAGCCCUCCCGAUGAGAUAUCAAAACGGAAAUUCUCAUACUCAGCUUGUAAACCAGGGGGAUAACAACAUGAACUUUUUGAACUGUUUACCAAAUGAAAGUGUGACCAGCACGCAAACUGGAACAUCGACAACGAGUAACAACAUGUGGAACACCAACUCUGGUUUUAAGCCGAAUCCUAUGCAACAAGGAAUACGAAACUUGUUACAAAGCAACAACAGUGCACCGCCCAUGCAAACCACAAACGUGAAUUCGCAGCUAAAUGUUGGCGUAUUUCCUCAGCAGCCCGACAUGACUUUCUUGUCGCAGCAGAAUGUGAACAGCAUGAUGCCUGAGAACGGCACUAGAAAUGUACUAAGUAACAGUGUGAUAACUCCGUUGGACCUGCAAGAGUUGAGCUCUCUGAUCCAGUCCGCCACCCAUCCAGCUCAGAAUUAUCCGAACAGCAAUGGUGGCUCCAUACAGCAGCAUUAUCAUAAAUUAUGACAAUCGUAGGAGCAACUCCCUCAAGGCCAGUUGUAAACAAGGUGCUUACCUACGGUAGUGUUGGCCCAUGUCUUCCAGGUGUAAGCUAGUACAAUAAUGUGCUUCAGUACAAAUGAUCAGUGAAGAGUAUCCUAUUCACUAUUGUGCUUCUGAUUUUAUCAAUGUACAAAUCUUCAUGCAUAGAAAAGUAUUCGCAGAUUGGUGGCAGAAUUCCUCGGGUCAUUCCAUUUUUUUUUUCGAAUAUGUACAUAAGUAUAAAUUUAUAAAGUAGUGUUUUCAUUAGCAUCCAAAAGGUGUCAAAGCAGAAUUUGAGUUUUUCUCUUGGACAGAUAACGCGUAGAAAAGAAACGAGCUCUUUUAUCUCUGUAUAUAUAUACGUUUCUGUUAAUAAUUAUUAGCAGUAAGGUGCACAACAAAAUAGAAAUUUAAUAGCCCCUUAUCAAAUAGUAAAACGUAUCAAUACCAGUGUAAGGUUAUAUGUUUACGUACAUGUAUUUAGUCUCUUCAAGGUACCUUAAAGUCUUUUUAUGUAUGGUUAGGGGUCUGAAACAAUUGGCUUUUUUAUUUGAAUUUGUUUGAGCAUUUGUUAGGGUGUUUGUGUUACAUUUUUGGUCAGAAACUUCGUGAGCUUGAAGCAAAAUUUAAAAGAUAAUGCAUGAUGCUGUUUUGCUUGCUCUACAUUAGAGUUAAAUAAUUACUACACCUUCUGAAAACAUAUAUUCUCUAAAAUUUACUUUCCAAAUCCUGGCGGUGAUCUGGUUCUCAAUGCAAGUUACAGCAGCAGUGGUAUUGUUUUGAUUUUAAUCAAAUCAAUACUUGGUAGAAUUACACAUUUCAGCUUUGUUCAAGCCAGUUAGCGAGGUGACUCUUUUUAUUAAUCAUAGAGCAUUAUUGAUAUUUUUUAAGUGUAGGAAGUUGAUUAAUUAAUUUGCUAAAAUGCUGAGUAAUGCUUUACCUUUUCUUGUUUGCAAAGAGUGGCGAGGAUUAACAUCACAAUUAUUGCUUUUCUCCAAUUGUUCAAACCCAGCUAUGACAAAGAUUAGCUUGAAUAAUCUGAUAAAAAUACAAGAUAAGUGAAUCUUAGUUCGUUUGCGUGAUCAUUGACAAAGCUCAAAAUUUCGUAAGUGCUUAAAGAAAAUGUCAAGAGGUUAAAUAAUUGUGAAGUCAUUUCUUGAGAGCUCAUUGCAGUACAAAUGGCCUCAUAAAGGUAAUCGAAAUAUUGGAAUGAAAUUACUUUUAGAUAAGCCUCUUGAACCGAAGAUAGCUGCUUUUUUUACAAAGAGAAACUUACCCCUUGGAAAAUUACUUAUGCUACAAAUGUUCAUUGUUCCUUAAAGCAGUUAUGCUAGGGCAUGCUUUAUAUCCUUAACGGUGGCUUGACAGGAUUUGCUACAAGUAGGCGUUAUUUUCAUAAAAUAAUUUUCAUGAGUUUACGAAGCUAGAAACAAAAAUUUUAACGGAGUACUAUGCAGUAGUAGAUUCCACGAAGUGAGACGUGUAAUGUUGUGUGAUAAUAUUGUUAUGCACACUCCGCAGACUUGCAUAUUUACUUAUUUACUUAAUACAUUUAGGCUAACAACCGCAGAGAAUAUUUAGCGCCAAUGUUGUGUAACAUUCGCCUGGCAGGCCAGCUCACUGGUAUGGCUCCACCCUAGCGUGUAAGGUCUAGGUACAAGAGUAGUGUAAAACUUUCCGUAGUCAAUUUUCUAUCACUUCUGUAUUCUUUGUUUUUGUUUUGGCGAGCGUCAAAGCUCCCCUCAAGUGUUUUUCAUCAUAUAUUAAUACUUUGCGAGUCAAUUCCAUUAGUGUUGGAUUUUGCCUCCCUAGUUAGAUAUGAAAGCGGUAAUCGUGUUCCCUAGAGGUACAUAGAAAUGACAGUUCUUCGCACAAGUCGUUUAUAAUUCACCCAGGAACUCCAAUGGGAAUGUAGUCACAGUAUGCAGGAUAAAUUAUUUCACCUAAUCUCUUUUAGGCGAGUCCCUUUCCAUUGAAACUUAGUCUAACCAUUACCUCCAAUUUUUAUCUCAGUUAAUCUCCCAAGUAUUAAAAUUCAUUCGACCUGUUUUGAUUCGGCUCUUUUAGAACCGAUUGCGAGGUGCGUGGGAAGAGUACUUUCCCAGUUGCACUCAACACUGACAACUCCUUCUACCUUCCUUGUAAAAGUUGUGGGAGGCUAUGGGUUACCCCCUGAGAAGAAAUUGCCUUUACUUACCCAUCCCUCCCGUCUAUUACUGUCUUUCUCUAGGAUGUGUGUAUGUGUGUUUGUGUCAGGCAGAGAAGAACACUAAUGGUAUUAACUUUGUUGGAAUAUAACAAGUAUAAUAAUCCAAUUCGUACAUUAUUAUUCGUGGGAAAGCAUAUUUUCCAUUAAGACCACUGCUUUAUGAGCAAUAAACUGUAAAGAUAACUAACAGA